AUGUUGAAACUGGACACCAAGCGUGGUCUCAUCUGCUCUGGAAUAUUAUCCAUGGGCUUUGCCAUCAUCUAUUUGGUGCUAAAGGAUGGAUUUUAUUGGCGAGCUGGUCUAUUCGAUCUGGGAAUCCACAGUUCCAGUCUUCAAAUAAUAGGUAGUAUUUGCCUUAUAAUCGGGGCUCUUUGGCAAAAUUACAAGUUUCUUGUGCCUUGGAUGUUUACCACAGCACUGUUUUUAUACUUAAUGGUUUAUUUGACCAUUGUUACCCUUAUCAGGACCCAAGAUUGUGCUUUUCUGCCAUUGGUGGUGCCAUUUACAGCUUAUCUCGGCUGUGCCCUGAUUUCAGUUCGAAAGGCUUUCGACAGGAUGCGAAAUGACGAUCCGCCAGCUUACGCCAAUUUAUUGGAUAAGAAAGUCUUCAUCAGUCACAUCUAGAGGAUAUGUAUAUAUAUAAUAUAUAGCUGUGUAGAUCAACUGAUAAGAUUAUGAAAA